CUACUUGCCGUGCAGCAGUUUGUCUAGAGUGAAUAAACUACCUCAUAUCAACAACCUCCUCAAGUCGAGUCGCAGUAGUCUUCAAUGGCCCAGCAGACAGUUGUAUCCGAGAUGAACGCCGCACUCGCUGAUAUGGUCUAUGAGGCCCGCUGCCCAGUAUAUGCCUCCUUCUUCGGAGCCAUGGGCUGCGCAUCGUCCAUCAUCUUCACCGUCCUAGGCGCAUCCUACGGCACCGCCAAAUCAGCCGGCGCGAUUUUUUCCUCGGGGAUAAUCCGCCCAGAUCGGCUGAUGCAGAACACACUCUGCGCCAUCAUGGCCCAGAUCCUCUCCAUCUAUGGCCUCGUGGCCAGCGUCAUCAUCUCGGGCGACCUCAUCGAGAAGAUGCCCCUACACCAGGGCUUCCUCCAGCUGGGCGCGGGCAUCAGCGUCGGGCUCAGCGGCCUCGCGGCUGGGUUUGCUAUUGGCAUAGUUGGAGACGCGGGAGUGAGAGCUAGCAGCCAGCAGCCGCGACUCUACAUCGGCAUGGUCCUGAUCCUAAUCUUCGCCGAAGUCUUGGGCCUCUACGGCGUUAUUGUCGGGAUCCUCAUGUUAACUAAAUCGAAGGAGAACGUCACUCAGUGUCUGUACUGAUCUAACCUGGCAAACCCCCACGGGGCGUAAUACGUAUAUCAUGGUAUACAUGUGAAAAAAACGCGGGUCUGUGGGGGUGCCUCGGUGUACGCAAGUUUCUGUAACAAUAUAUAAGAGUUAAACGCUACGAACUACUCGCCUGGUCCCUUGACUUGCCUAGUUAGAGUUUAAAAGUUCCAAUUUCUCAAACCUCAGCAUGACUGCUGUGAACAUAUAAGUUUGGCGUGAUAAGUGAAUCGUAUUGAAAGCAUAAUCUUCGGUUAUUUCGUAGACUCCCGAACUCCGUUAAAGAUUCU